CUCAAUCUUUUGUUCACACAUAUAAUCAUACAGUUGACAGGCAAAGACUAAGACCUUCCCCUCUCCUUCCUUCCUUGUGGGCAUCAUCGUCGUCUAUAUGAAACUCCCUUUCUCUCUCUCUCCCAACCCCAUAACUCUUCCCCCAUAUCUCUACACCUUCGCCAAGCUCGCUUUACCAAAUGAAUGAUACCAACAACGCCAGGAAGCGGCAGAGAAAAGAUGACGACGGGGACAGUGACGCCGAUAAACAACCCGACAAGAAGAAGGAUUUGAAGGGUAUUCUUACCUCCUUGUUGUUGUUUGAGGAGCAAGAAAAGCGGGACCAGGAAGAGCUCGACAGGGCAUCCAAGGAGGAGAAGCAGUUGUUCGAGUCAAGCCAUAAGAAUAAGACCAAGGCCAUGGUUGAGUAUUACUCCAAUCUACAAGACUAUUACACCGAAGCCGAGGAAGUAGAGCGGGGCAAGAGGAAGAAGUCCCGGCUCGUGGCCGGUGCGGUGGCCGUGGCUGUCGCGGACUCUGCCUCCGAUGGGCUUGAGAAGAUCGAUAAAACAGAGAAGCGUGGAAGUAACAGCGGUCAUCACCGGAGAUUGUGGGUCAAGGACAGAUCGAAAGCUUGGUGGGACGAGUGCAACAGCCCGGAAUAUCCCGAGGAAGAGUUCAAGAAAGCCUUCAGAAUGGGGAGGGCGACAUUCGAUAUGAUUUGCGAGGAGCUCAAUUCGGUCAUCGCCAAAGAGGACACGACUCUCCGCAACGCGAUUCCGGUUUCCCAAAGGGUGGCCGUGUGUUUGUGGAGGCUGGCCACCGGCGACCCACUUCGCCUCGUCUCCAAACGCUUCGGCUUGGGCAUAUCCACCUGCCACAAGCUGGUUCUCGAGGUUUGUUCCGCAAUUCGGACGGUGCUGAUGCCUAAAUACUUGCAGUGGCCGGACGACAACGCGUUGAGGAAGAUCAAAGACGAAUUUGAAUCCAUUUCGGGAAUACCCAAUGUGGUGGGGUCUAUGUAUACCACGCACAUACCCAUCAUUGCGCCCAAGAUCAGCGUGGCGGCUUAUUUCAACAGGCGCCACACGGAGCGGAACCAGAAGACGUCAUACUCGAUCACGGUUCAAGGAGUUGUCGACCCAAGAGGAGCGUUCACGGAUGUGUGUAUUGGUUGGCCUGGGUCGAUGCCUGACGACCAGGUGCUUGAGAAAUCUGCGCUUCACCAAAGGGCCAGCGGCGGGCUUCUUAAGGGCGUGUGGAUUGUUGGGAGCUCAGGGUACCCUUUGAUGGACUGGGUUUUGGUGCCUUACACGCAUCCCAAUCUGACUUGGCCGCAGAAUGCGUUCAAUGAGAAGAUUGGGGAGAUCCAAAGGGUCGCCAAGGACGCGUUUGGGAGAUUGAAAGGUCGGUGGUGUUGCUUGCAAAAGAGGACCGAGGUGAAACUUCAGGACUUGCCUGUGGUGCUCGGAGCCUGUUGCGUUUUGCACAAUAUCUGUGAAUUGAUGAAUGAAGAUAUGGACCCAGCUCUGCAGUUUGAGCUUGUUGAUGAUGAGAUGGUCCCCGAGGCUCCUUUGAGGUCGGUAAGCUCCAUGAAGGCUAGGGAUGCCAUUGCUCAUAAUAUUUUGCACCAUGGAAUCGGUGGCACUCGUUUUGUGUAGUGAAAAUAGUUGGUCUUUUGCUCAUUCAUUCUCCUAGUUGUUUUAUACAAGUCAUUCAUCAUUAUGUUGUACAAGGUAACCAUAGUUGUCCCUUCCCUUCCACAAAUGGGGAUGGUUGUAGUCUUCGUAGGCUUAAUUUAUACUUGAAACAUCACAGAUUCACAGUGACAUGUCUUAACUUGGUUCCAUACUUCCAAUUACCAAAUAAGAGAUUCAUCAUUAAUAGAAUUCAGCAACUUGCUAUUC